GAGCUGUCACUCAAGAGUCAAGAGCUGUCAUCUCCAUCUGAUCGCACAUCUGAUCGAAAAUGGAGGUGUUAUAUUUGCUGUAUUAUUGGAAUGGAAAAAGUUAAUUGCAUUAACGACAUAAAUUAUAUGCUGAUUCAAUGUCAAGUUUAUGUAACAAGCAUUAUUUGAUGCACAAAUGCGAGGGAUUUUAGAAGAACCCUGGUAGAAUAGAGGUGUUUCAUUCGUGAAUGAGAUGGAAGAGGACGACGAUGUUAGAAUAAACGUUCAUCCCUUAACAAACAAUCCAUCUGCCGUAUGGAGCUCCAUUUGGCACAUGCAAAAAGUGAUACCGAUCCAUUUGGAAAGCCCCAGCGACGCCGUCACCCCAAACAAAGUCAGAUUCGUCUGCAUGAGCGACACUCACGCGCUGACCCACAAUUUAAACUUCAAAGUACCGUACGGGGACGUCCUGCUGCACGCCGGCGAUUUCACCAGUUUCGGCCGAGACGAGGAGAUCAAGACGUUCAACAGGUGGCUCGGCACCUUACCGCACAAGUACAAAAUCGUAAUAGCCGGCAAUCACGAGAUAAGCUUCGAUCCGAACUGCGAAAAUAUCAUGCAAAUAUUCAAUCCCACCACGCGCAGCGCGAAUUCGGCCGAGUCCCAUCUGGUCACCUGCCUGAACAUUAUCAAGAAACCGUUCGCGAGGUUUACCGAACGGCACACGGCAACUUCGAACGCCGCGCAAUAUUUAACUAAUUGCAUUUACUUGGAAGAUUCGCCUGUGGUCGUGUAUGGAAUAAAAAUAUAUGGGAGCCCUUGGCAACCAGAGUUCGGGAAAUGGGCUUUUAACUUACCGCGAGGCAAGCCAUUAUUAUCAAAAUGGAAUAAGAUACCGGACGACACUGACAUAUUAAUAACCCACGGUCCUCCCUUAGGCCACGGCGAUCUGGUUAGAAAUGGCGAUCACGUCGGUUGUGUGGAACUGUUGUCGACGGUGCAGCAACGUGUACGGCCUAAAUAUCAUGUCUUUGGGCACAUUCACGAAGUUGUAAAUGCUGCUUUAAGUGGAGUUUUUGAUACAAAAGCAAAAUGGAUAUGGUGUGACAUCGGAUGAAUACACAAUAUUUAUCAACGCCUCAACGUGCGACAUCAACUACAUCCCCAAAAAUUAUCCAAUGGUCUUUGACAUGGACCUACCUCCCGGGGUGCAAAAAUAAAGUACAUACGAAUAAAUGCAUUUAUUGUAGUACCUACUUAUAUGUUACGGUGUAAAUACACAAGGUGUUUGUUGUAUGUGUUGCUGAGAAGAAUGUAGCUGUCAAUGUGAUUGUAGCCAUUAGGUAUUGUGGUGAUAUUAGCAUUUUAGCUUAGUAAAGUUUAAAUGUAGAUAAAAUGAAUUCAAAUGAACUAGUGUAGCUACACAGGGUGUUCCAAAUUGCUUAUUUUUUAUGUUCUUCAGAAAUAUUUUUAGAACUAAGAGAUGGAGUGACGCAGCUGCCUAGAUUGACGAUGUCAAUUGUGACGUGUGACUUGCGCGAACAUGGCAACAUUGCAAAAAAACAAAAACGCAAUAAAAGUGUUUGUUUUAUAACUCGGUUGUUUGUGGGAAUAAAGAUUUGAAACACUCUGUACUGUAUUUCAUUAUUAUAAAUUGAAAAUAUUGCUAUAUGGCAAAUAGUUUUUUUUUUAAUUUACAUAGAUACGUCACACUUAAUAGCUGAUGACAUGGAAAACGUUCAAAUGUCUAGAUAUAUCGUAUAUAUGUAUAUAGGCGAUGUGUAUAUUUUUCUAUCAUUUCAAUUAGGAUUGAGUAUAUAAAGUUGCAGAAUUUAUAUACAAGAAUUUUGUACUCCACUCAUUUGGUAAUAUAUAACAAUGGUAAUAUGUAAUUAAUUCAUUCGCAUAAGACUUGUGAAAAUGUAAUGCAUUACACAAGGUGUAAGCUUUAAAGGGAUUGAAAACACUUGCAUUGGUUUAAGAAUACUUUGCAAGUGAGUUUCAAGCCAUUUAAGGUAUUGGUGAGGAUUUUACAGUGCAGUGUUGAAUCCUGUUGUUCAAUGAGAUUUGAGUUGUUGCAAUGGAAUCAACAAUUGUGACUUCUAUAAAGUGUAAAACCGCAGGUGAAUCAAGUCAAUACAAUCUUAAUGUAAUCAAUCCUUUAAAAAUAUCAUACUCAUACUACUUAACAUAUAUUCUAGGACCGCCAUAGUCUGACAAUAAAAAAAGGGGAAAGGUAGGCCCUUUGAAAAUCCCCAUUUAUUGAGGGGUUGACAAGAGUCCAAAAACAUUUUGAACAUAAACAAGCGCGUUUGCUCAUUGCAUAGUAAAAAAUUUACACCAACACCUUAAGACAAUUGAUUUAUUUACACACAGAAGGCAGCUCGCAAAAUUCUUAAAUUUAUCAACUAUUAAUAAAUAAUAUGUUUUGUUUAUAAUUUCACAUUUUUACUUUUGUUGUAUUUAUUUAUGUGUAUAUUAUAUUACAAUCUAUUUUGUUAAUAAAAAAACCCAUUAAUUUGAUAUUGUAUAGAAUGUGUCAAAUAUUACAAGCUUGUACAGUGUACACCCCUAAAGGGGCACUGGCUUAACUCUUCCAUCACAUCACAAUAAUUCCAAAUGUAUGCCUUUAACUAUAACAAGCUUACUUUCACACCACUUUAGGCCUAAUUUGACUAAUAGAUAUUACUUUUGAUGGGCAUUAAAAUAUGCAUAUAUUUAUUGUCAAUACUACCUCAACUUUUCUUGUAAAUUUGCCUAUUUUCAUGUAUUGUUAAGUGCUUGUGAUUAUACUGUCAGUUAUGUACAUCGUGACUAAAUAUAAUAAAAUAAAAUAUUUCAUGUUACUGAAGAAACACUAAAA